GUCGAUCUCAGGACACCGACACGACUACGUUUCCUCGCCAGUUUCGCUCCACCUCGCAGGCUCCACCACACCGCUGGUGCACUCCUGCGCGACACUCGAUUGCACUUGGUUCGCUGCACACGCUCUCUCGUCGCGCUGCCCGCAACUCUCGCCUCUACGCACAUCGUAUAUAACGCAUACUCGUUACUACGCAAGGACUGUCACCUUUCUUUCCGCUCUCUCUCUUCGUUCUCUCGAGGGAUCAGCUGUUUCGCCCAUUUUUUUUCCCCCUUGCCACGCACGUUAGAGACGGAGCUAGCUUCGAAAUGAGGGAGAUCGUACAUCUGCAGGCUGGACAAUGCGGAAACCAGAUUGGUGCAAAGUUCUGGGAAGUGAUCUCCGAGGAGCACGGCAUCGACCAGUCGGGCAUCUAUCAUGGAGACAGCGAUCUGCAAUUGGAGCGAAUUUCCGUCUACUAUAACGAGGCUUCUGUGGCGACCUCGACCAACGGAGGAAAGUACGUGCCGAGAGCGAUCCUCCUGGAUCUCGAGCCAGGGACGAUGGACGCCGUUCGAUCGGGUGCCUACGGGAAGCUGUUCCGCCCCGACAACUUCGUGUUCGGCCAAUCGGGGGCCGGCAACAAUUGGGCGAAGGGGCAUUACACGGAGGGCGCUGAACUGGUGGACUCGGUGUUGGACGUGGUGAGAAAGGAAUGCGAGAAUUGCGACUGCCUGCAAGGCUUCCAACUGACCCACUCGUUGGGGGGCGGCACCGGUUCCGGGAUGGGCACGUUGCUCAUCUCCAAGAUCCGGGAGGAGUACCCUGACCGUAUAAUGAACACGUACUCGGUGAUGCCGUCCCCCAAAGUGUCCGACACCGUGGUCGAGCCGUACAACGCUACCCUGUCCGUCCACCAAUUGGUCGAGAACACGGACGAGACUUAUUGCAUCGACAACGAGGCCCUCUACGACAUCUGCUUCCGCACGUUGAAAGUGUCGAAUCCAAGCUACGGCGAUCUGAAUCAUCUCGUCUCGCUGACCAUGUCCGGGGUGACCACCUGCCUCAGGUUCCCCGGCCAACUGAACGCAGAUCUGAGAAAGCUGGCCGUGAACAUGGUCCCGUUCCCGCGUCUGCACUUCUUCAUGCCUGGCUUCGCCCCGUUGACGUCCAGAUCCAUGCAACAAUACUCGGCUCUCUCCGUCCCCGAGCUAACUCAACAGAUGUUCGACGCGAAGAACAUGAUGGCCGCCUGCGAUCCCAGGCACGGACGUUACCUGACCGUGGCGGCGGUGUUCAGGGGCAGGAUGUCGAUGAAGGAGGUGGACGAGCAGAUGUUGAGCGUGCAGAACAAGAACAGCUCGUACUUCGUCGAGUGGAUCCCCAAUAACGUGAAGACGGCCGUGUGCGACAUCCCGCCCAAAGGUUUGAAGAUGUCGUCCACGUUCAUAGGGAACACGACCGCGAUCCAGGAAUUGUUCAAACGUAUCUCGGAACAGUUCACGGCCAUGUUCCGGAGGAAGGCGUUCCUCCAUUGGUACACCGGAGAGGGUAUGGACGAGAUGGAGUUCACCGAGGCAGAGUCGAACAUGAACGACCUGGUCUCCGAGUAUCAGCAGUAUCAGGAGGCUACGGCCGAGGAGGAUUUCGAGGCCGAGGAAUGCGCCGACGAUUUCGAGACCUGCGACCAGGAGUGAGAAUCGAAUCGUCAUGGAAAUAUCUUUUUUUAUCUUUCUGUCUUUUUCUAGGAAUUAUCAGGCACGCGUGUUUCUUCUUCUUUUUCCCUCGUCCCUUAAUCUUCGAAUCGAUCUAAUCUUUCACGAUUAUUCUCUUUUGUACUUUUAUACAAGUGGAGUAUUUUUUACAUUCGAGAAGGAAAAUAGCGAGAAUAAAAGAAGGAGGAGGAGGAGGGAGAAAGAAGAAGAAGAGUGAAUCGUAGAUACGCGGCGUUCUCGGGGAAACGAUUCCACGAAACGUGAAACAACCAAAGCCAAACGACCCGAAGCCAAAAAUUUUAUCUAUGCAUCCACGAAAACGUUGUAUUAUCUCGACACAUUUGUAUGUAUUUUUAACCGUGGCACGCAAUGUAGUCUCAAGCAAACAAGUUUGUUCCUUGCAAAGAAAUAUACGUUUUUUUCCAAUC